AAAAAAUAAAAUAAAAUAAAAAUAUAUUAUGAUAUACGAUGAUACAGAAAUUAAUAAAAAGCAACAAAAUAGUUUGUUGACCUUUUUACUUAAUAGUAAAAAGCAUUUAUUUGGUUCCUAUCAUAAUAAACGAGGCUCAUCUAAUUCUUCUGCCUUUAUUACAAAAGGUAUUUUUGGUGCACCUCUAAAAUCAGCAAGUCUUUGUGGUUCAACAAGUAAAGAUGGAUUAACCGUACCAGAACCUGUUUAUAGAUGCUUUGAAGAGAUCAUGAAGCGAGGCUUAUUAAUAGAGGGUAUCUUUCGACUCUCAGGUGCAGCGCCUGAAAUAGAUAAACUCUCAUUAGAUUUUGAUAAACCGCCUACCUAUGGAAAAUAUUUAGAUUUAAAAAAUAACGAUAUUCAUGCUAUUACAGGCGUUGUAAAGAGAUAUUUAAGACAAUUACCUGAACCAGUUAUACCAACGUCUUUUCAUGAUAACUUUAUUCAACUUUAUGAUGAAGCUACUAAAAAGAUAAUCACGUCUUCUUCUAUCAUUAACUUGUUUGCUACUUUAAUACAACAAUUACCUAUCGAACACUUUCAUCUCAUUCAUUAUAUCAUUUUAUUAUCCUCUAAAAUACAACUUCAUUCAAAUAUUAAUAUGAUGAAUCCUGAAGCAUUAGCAGUCGUCUUGGCCCCUGUCUGUACAGGUCUUUUGGAAACAGAAACAAUUUCAGUUACAAAUAAAAAGCGUCUCAUAAGUAUCUUUAUGGAAGCUAACACUAAAUGGACUCGUAUCUGGACUCUUUUAAUUGAACAUAGUCAUGAUCUAUUAGAACAUUGGAAACCAACUUUAAUGUGGCAAGUCGUUUUAGGUCAUCAUACAGUCCCUUGCCAUCAUUAUACCUCUACUACUACUACUACGACUACGACUACGACUACUAUUACGCAUGAUAUAAAUCAAUCUUCUUUAAAUAACAGUAGUUUUGAGAAUCAACAACAAGAGACUUUCUUAGAUAUUGCUCCACCUUUGUUCUCUUCUUCUGCUGCUAAAAGAAAAUCAACAACACAUAUCUCUGAUAAAUAUAAAGUGAUUGUGAUGAGAUCAAAGCAAAAGUCAAUGUCAUAUAACACUAAAAGUAGUAUGGUAGUUCAACGUUAAAAUACAUGCAUAUAUAUACCCGCUUUAUUUUCUAUCUUAUUUAUAACAGAUUAUACCCCCUUCUCCCUUAUACCAAAUAGUGAGGAAGAUGUUUUAAUAAAUAAUAAUAAUAAUAAAAACCGA